AUGCCAUUACUCCCUCAGGACGCAGAUCGAUUCGAUAGGGUGUCUCUCCUCUACUGGACGAUCAUGGGCCCGCACGGCAUCAACCGACCUGUACAGAGGCUGGAGUUCUGUGACUGCAAGAAGGGACUGGGUGUGAAGAUAAUCGGGGGUUACCGAGAGCUGACAGGGGAAGAGUUUGGCAUCUACAUAAAGCGAGUGGUAGCUGGUGGGUUGGCAGCUCUGGAUGGGAGGCUUAAGUCAGGUGACCUGAUUUUAGAUGUCAAUAACAUCAGUCUGAUAGGAGUGACCAAUGAGAGGGCGGUGGAGAUCCUGAGGUCAGCCUCGCUCUCUAAUCACAUGUCCCUGCUGGUUGCCAGAGACGAUGAAUCCAGGAGGGAGUUUGCUGAGCUGAUGGAAAAGUACGGCUCCAAUAAUAUCACAGCUUCAGGACGAAUCUCUCCUACUCAGCUCUCCACAGGAAAGCUGACAGACACGGCCUCCUCCUCCUCCUCUUCCAGAUCAGAGAGCCCCCAGCUCCUCAGUCCUAAAGAGGGGGUCACCGCCUACACCCACGCCUCCUCUUACUCUGCCAACCCCCCCUACACUGUGCACACUCCCACGCACGCCUUCAGUGACAGUGUCAUUCAGUUGAUAUGCGUAUCCAAGGGAACAGGCCUGGGGCUCGUCAUCAAGGGCGGAGCUAACCGCGCAGAAGGACCAAUGGUGUUCAUUCAGGAAAUAGUGCCUGGAGGAGACUGCCAGAAGGAUGGCAGGCUGCAGAUCGGAGACCAGCUGGUGUCCAUCAACAAAGAGUCUCUGAUUGGAGUGACAUACGAGGAGGCCAGGAGCAUCCUGACACGCACCAAACUCAGACCAGACCCCACGGUGGAAAUCGCCUUCAUCCGGCGGCGGUCUUCCUCCAGCUCCAGCAGCGGGCCUCACAGCCCCAUCUCCAUGCAGGUGUCUGGCGGUGGAGGUGGGCCCCAGACGAGGCCCCCAGGGCUGGGGGCCAUGCCUCCUCAGCCUGCUGUGGUCACCAAAAUCACCUCCAGCAGAAACCCUGCCAGUGAGACUCUGCCGGCAGUCAACGUCAGCCAGGUGCGAGUGUCUCCAGUCAGAACAGAGCCGACACGUGUGUCCUCCCCACCAGAGAGCGACAGCAUCACUGAUACAAACCCUGAGCCGACCAGCAGUCAGCAGCCUCCUCACAGGAAGUGCUCCCUCGAUACCAGCUGUCGCCUCAAACUGGAGAGGAUGGAGCAGGCUCUGGAUCUGCUCGGUCUGAAGCCCACAGACGCUCAGCGGCAGGCGCUCAGGUCCAGACUACGAGCUGAUUCAGCAGGGACGGUGGCCUUCACAGAUUUUGAGAGCCUGAUCAGGGAGCUGUUUAAGCCUCAGCUGGAGGAGUUGACCGUCAGCCAGCCAGGGUCGAGGUUAACGUCUGAUGACCUGUACAGUUUGUUGGAGUCACUGACCAACGCACGGUCGUCGCAGUCAGACUCGGAGGACCUGGAGGAGAUGGAGAGGCUGAGGAAGGAGCACAUCGAGGCACUGAGGGAGAUCAAGAGGCUCCAGGAGCAGCUGGUCGAGUCUCAGAGAGUUCACCAUCAGAUGGAGGAGGAGCUCAGCAAAGUGAAACAGGAAGUAAAACUGGGAGCGGAGGAGAGUCGUGCUCUGAGGACUCGGAUCCAGCUGGCUGAGGCGGCUCAGAAGCAGGCGAGGGGGAUGGAGAUGGACUACGAGGAGGUGAUCCACCUGCUGGAGGCUGAGAUCGCUGAGCUGAAGACUCAGAGGGUGGAGCAGCCGGCGCCGACCAACAAGGAAGAGACGGAGGAGCUGAAGAAGAGAAUGGCCGUCCUGGAGUGUCAACUACGGAAGAGCGAAGCUGCCAAAAAGGGUUUUGAGAUGUCAACGGGAAAACUGCUGAGUUUUGUGGAGAACGUUCAAGAGUUCCUGCUUGAAAGCCACGGACCAACAAAGAGCUACAGCUCUGGAGACGUUAAAGUUGGAUCGUCAUCAUCGUCAAGCCUCCCCCCUCGCUACAAGAAGAGUCCCUGGACGGCGGCCACACUCGCCCAGGAGGCAAAAGAGCUCACAAGGACUGUCAGAGCCAUCCUGGAGGUCGACUGUCUGCCUUACGGCUGGGAGGAGGCCUACACUGCAGAUGGAGUCAAGUACUACAUCAAUCAUGUGACCCAGACGACAUCAUGGACCCUCCCUGUGACGAGCAGCGGCGCCACGCUGCCUCCCGCAGCUUCGGAGACCUCAGAGCUGGAGGGACAGAGAAACGGCGAGGUGACCGACCGGAGGCCCAGCCCGUCCAUUGAGACGGAGAUGUGAAAACCUGCAGCAGACUGUCCCGCCUGUCUGUCAUUAGUGUUACCAUAGCAACAUGACGUUUUUAUCUGUACACGUUUUCUGAAGGUCACAUUUUCCCAUAGCCCCAAUUAAAGUUAUAUAUAUUAAAAUGUUUAGUUUCAAACCCACAUAACUUUAUUUAAAUUAAAAGAAACAGUUUGACAUUUGGUAAAAAAAAAAUGGUUAUUUGCUUUAUUGCAGAUGUUUAGAUUGAUUCCAAUCUAACGUAUGUACAGCACGUACAUACGUAUGUAUGUAUGUUAGCUUAGCUUAGCAUAAAGAGCUAGCCUGACUCUGUCCAAACUUAAAUCCACCUAUCAGCAACCAGUCUUCAUGCUAAGGUAGGCUAACCAGUGGCUGGCUGUAGCUUCACAUUGGUAUUGAUGUUUAAUCAAAGUCUUUCCCAAGUUUUUCUAGAAAUAAAUAUGUCAGACUGAAUUUUGGGGAGGUGUGUCUAGAAUGAUGCCUGAGACAUUUAAAAUAUGUCCAUAAAUGUGUGUCUCUGUUGGACAGUGUCUUUGUUUUAACUGAAAAAACCUUCAGGGGAAAUUUGGUAAAAUAUAAAUCAGGAUUUACUGGUCUCUGGUUCUUUCCCUAGGAAGUAAUGUGGUUGUAAAGCUUCAGUCCCUUUAGGUCUACAAGUGAUAUUAAUUCAAAAUGUUUCUGAA